UUGUGACUAUUUUACAGCCCAUAGCCUAACAGGUCUCUAGAUAGGCUAGCUAGCUUCAUUAUUCUUUACUGACAAUUAAACAGAUAAGGCGUAAUGCUUAGAGCAUGCAUCCACCACCACCACCACCCAUCUGAACUCUGAACUGUUUCAUUUUGUAUCUGUGUUGCAUGGAAUUUGAACAUAUUUGUUUGGUGUUCAGACCGUGGAGGAGCAGUCCAACUUCGAUUUAAACCCAAUAGCGUAAACGGUAAUGAAUAGUGUGUUUUCUUAAUUAACGACAGAUCACAUCGUCCACACAUCGCGUUGUUACUUUUUUUCAGAAUUGAAAAUGCAUGUUUUUGAACAUUUUACGGAGGAAGUUGCGCCAUGAAUUGACGGGAAAAAACGAAAGUAGAACUAUUGCUGCGUUGCCCAAAACAAUACCUUAUCUGUGACUGAUGCCAUGUCAAGUAACCAAGACUUUUUCACGUGUUCGAUGGUGGACGAACUCAGAGACCAUCACACAAUUCUAUCUGCAGCAGAGAGAAAGACACACUUCAGGGAGACCCAUAAAAUCCAGCAGAGAAUCCAGAUGAAAGAGAAGAAGCUCCAGGCAUUGAGGAAAGCUGUGGAUGCACUCAAGAGCUCUGCUCAGACAGCAGUGGUGGACAGUGAGAGGAUCUUCGUCGAAAUGAUCUACUCCAUUGAGAGAAGGCGUUCUGAGGUGAAAGAGUUGAUCAGAGCUCAGGAGAAGGCUGGGGUGAGUCGGGCUGAAGGCCUCCUGAAGCAACUUGAGCAGGAGAUAGCUGAGCUGAAGAGGAGGGAUGCUGAGAUGGAGCAGCUUUUACAUACAAAGGAUAACAUCCAUGUCCUCAAGUUUGUGAGUGACCAUCGAUCUAAAGACUUAUCCUGUAUCACUAUCAACCAGAGCCUUACAGAGAAAUCUGUCUCCACACUAAAAGAACAGCUGGAAGACUUCUGCAAGCAGGAAGUCAUGAAGAUAUCUCCAGUGUCUGAUGUCCAGGCUGUCUUACCUGAACCAGUGACCAGAGAGGAUUUCCUACAGUAUUUCACUCCCUUCACACUGGAUCCAACCACAGCACACAGAGAACUCCACCUUUCUCAGGAGAACAGGAGCGUGGAAUGGAGACCUAAGGUCCAGUCAUAUCCAGAUCAUCCAGAGAGAUUUGAUUGGCCUCAGGUACUGUGUAGAGAGGGAGUGUCUGGACGCUGCUACUGGGAGGUUGAGUGGAAUGGGGAAAAUGCGGUUGAUAUAGCAGUCUCUUAUAAAAGCAUUCGCAGGAAAGGAGGGAGUGAGUGUGUGUUUGGAGGCAAUGACCAAUCCUGGAGUCUGAUGCUUUUCAGCUCCAACUCCUCUUUCAGACACAACGAUGAAGAGACUAAACUCCCUGUAGUCUGCAGUUCGAAAAAAAUAGGAGUGUACGUGGAUCACAGGGCAGGAGCUCUGGCCUUCUACAGCAUCUCUGACACAAUGACCCUCAUGCACCGAGUUCAGACUACAUUCACUCAUACGCUCUACCCUGGGUUUUUGGUUGGCUUUAGGUCGUUGGUUAAGUUGUUGUGACAGAGAUAUAUAGACACUUAAUCCAGAUGUCAAGUUCCAUAGGCUUUUAGUUUUUGAAACUUUUUGUUUCUUCACAUUCUUGCUAUCUGUAAUUAGUUUUUUUGUAUGCUUUAUACAAAUGCUACACAGCACCUCAUCUGUGAAGCUAUUGUGACUCAGAUAUAAACAAAAGGAACUAAGACCGUAUUCACCCAGCCUGUCUUAUGUUUGUCUAGAGAAGUUUGUUUGCAUCAUCAGUAAACUGUUAUGACACUCAGGUAGGACCACAUGUUGGGAAUAGGUAUCAUCUACUAAAUCUCCGAGCCACUUUAGUUUACAUGUCCUUUGUAUCUUAUAUGCUUUAUAGGUCUUUGCACUUCAGACUUGACUUGAUGAUGUAAAUACUACUUUAAUGUUCCUAUUUAUAUUACUACUAAGUUGAACUGGUUCUGAGACUAAAGAAUUUCACUACUGGAAAUUAUGUUGCAUCUUGAUCAAGUGUAGGAAAAUACUGAAGACAAACACGGCAUUUAUUUAGAAUGACCAAAAUGCAAAUAAAAACAGGUAAUUUUUUUUUGCAGUAAUUUGUUAGAUUACCUUGAUUAACAAAAUGGUAUAAAGCAUGAAAUGAAAGGCAUUUCAUGUUUUACCUAACUAUGAUAUGCGUUAAUUUUGAAAUUGAUGCCUGCAACACAUUCCAAAAUGUGCAAACAGACAUUGUGUAUUCAUGUGACAUCACAUGGAGCUUGGCAGUGAAAACAACUAAAAGAGAAAAGAGAACAUUGAGAUUGAUGGGUAGCCUACUGUACAUAUGCUUUAGUGGAUUAUUUCCAUUUCGUUUUUUAUUUAUUUCCAUUUGAAUUUAUUAAAACACAUUCCACAGGAAAAUACAGUAUGGUACUAUGUACUCUUCCACGCAUAUUUUACAGCAUUGGUUACUAAAAUAAAACACACUUGUAAAGUACAA